AACUUAAACAGGAAAAUAUAAACAGGUACAAGCAAAAAUAAUAAUUGUGGGAGCAGGUGGGAUUUGUCAGAAUUCCUGCAAGAGUGGCUGUGAGUGGUCAGAAUUCCUGUCAGAAUAGGUGGGAGUGGUCAGAAUUCCUACAACAGUGGCCAGGAUUCCUGUUAGUGCAGACAGAAGUGGUCAGAAUUCCUGCAUAGGUGGGUGGGAAUGGUCAGAAUUCCUGUGAGAGCAGGUGGGAGUUGUCAGAAUUCCUGCAAGAGAGUGCAGAAGUAUUCAGAAUUCCUGUGGAAGUGGGUGGGAAUGGUCAGAAUUCCUGUGGUAGCGGGAAUAAGUGGUCAGAAUUCCUGCUAGUGCAGAGGGGAGUGGGAAUUGUUGCGGAAGUGGCUGGGAAUGGUCAGAAAUCCUUCAAGAGUAGACAGGAGAGGUAAGAAUUCCUGCAGAAAUGGGUGGAAGUGAUCAGAAUUCCUGUAAGAGCAGGGAGGUGGGCAGAAUUCCUGCAAGAAAGUGAAGGCAUGGUCAGAAUUCCUGUGGGAGUGGGUGGAAGUGGUCAGAAUUCUUGCAGAAGUGGGUUGGAAUAGUCAGAAUUCCUGUUGAAAUGGGAGGGAAUGGUCAGAAUUCCUAUGAGCGCGGGGAGGUGGUCAGAAUUCCUGUGAGAGCAGGGAUAAGUAACCUUUUUGCUUUUUCCCAUUUUCUCCUGGCAGGUCCUAACAUGGUGGAUCUGUUCUUCGACAAAGUGCUGGUGAAAAACAAUAAGGACCGUGAUGAGCUGGACACGGAGCGUGAGAUCAUCCUGCGCCUGCAGAACCGGAUCCUCAUGCUGUUCUUCGGCUCGGCCGAUUGUGAGAGGUGUCAGGAAUUCGCACCCACGCUCAAAGACUUCUUCAAGAAGCUGACAGACGAGUUCUACGUGGAGCGCUCGGCUCAGCUCGUCCUGCUCUACAUCUCACUCGACACCUCAGAGGAGCAGCAGGACAGGUUCCUGAAGGAACUUCCCAAGCGAUGCCUCUUCCUGCCCUUCCAGGACCCUUACAGGAAAGAGCUGGAGGUGAUGUUCGAGGUGGAGGACGUUCCCACAGUGGUGGUUCUGCGUCCCGACUGCUCGGUUCUCUCUCCCAAUGCCGUGAUGGAGAUCUGCUCUCUGGGAACACACUGCUACCAGAACUGGCAGGAAGCAGCCGAGCUCAUCGACCGCAACUUCCUGAUGAACGAGGAGUACGACGAGAGCAAGAGACGCAGCUUCACCGACGCCAUCCGACGCCAGAAAUACAAGGUGGAGGACAAGAAGAAGCAGAGGAAGAAAAAGGAGCAGGAUGGAGAGGAGGAGGAUGAUGGAGGAGGAGGAGGACCAUGGGGUUGAGAAUGAUGGGAUAAAAACAACAGAAUUUUCUAUUUUCUCUUAAAACAACAAUAACAACAACAACAACAAUCAUCUCACCUUGGACAGCUGCUCACUGGUCGAUGGACAGAGAAGCUUUUGUGCAACGUUAGCAUUAGUGCUCAGAUAUUAAGAGAUUAAAAUAAAAUAAAUGAAAUUAAUAUCAUAAA